AUGGUUUGCACUCGCAGCGACAAUGCACCUGAAGCUAUUGGGCGCGGCAUUCAGCAUGGACGAAAAUGGGGCUUCUCUGCUGACGAAGUCAAUUUUCUCCAGGAGACUUUUGAUAAGCUCACGACGGAAACUGCGGCCGUCUCACAUGCAGAAAUAGCGUCACGUCAUAGGAUAUUCCUCGAGAAUCUCAUGCUAGACGACUCCAGGAUGAGUAACGUGCCUGAAGAGACAAUUCAGAAAUGGAAAGCUGUGCAUGUUUACCUUGCCACGAUGGACGAGCAUGCCGUCCCUGCCAUCGAUGGCUCAAGCUAUGUUACAUACGCCAAGACGAUGUACGAGUCAGGACGUGACAAUAUUAAAUCCGAAUGGGAGGGCUUGUCAGGAGAUGACAUUGGAGCUAAACAUGGCGCCAAUUUCAGGGCCAAGAUGCAGUAUGAUGCGGAUAUGAAUAUCCACGUCCUCAACUACGCCGACUUUUGGCUUUACCUGGCAGGAAAGCAUUUUACGGAGGAAGCUUUGACAAACUUAGACGAUGAGAUCUUUGCGUCUCGUGGCCGCUAUGACAUUCGGGUAAAUGGCAACCCAUGGGAAGACAAGCCCUUCCCUCCCGUCAAACGGGGAAGCAAUGAUCAGAUCACAGCCAUUUACGCAGGAGGUAUCACCAAUGUUGAGCUCCUGCAGAUAAAGUACGGUGAUACCUGGGGCGCGGCGUAUGGAUCUCCCAAGCCAGAUCCAGCCAGCACCACAGACUUGGACGUCAAUGCAGGAGAAUAUCUCUAUUGGGUUGAUGUUUGGUUUGGCCAGAAGUUGGGUUGCGCCCCGUUCUGGUUGAACACUAAGAACAAACUACGAGAGGUUGGAAGCAGUGGAGGUACCAAGGGAGAGUUAUGGUUCGCCGAUCACCAGGUCACUAGUGUUUACGGGAUCAAAUACGAAAGCAGUGCCCUGUCGGGUUUGGAGGGCAUCAUCGUUGGAUUCAGGCCCUUGUUUCUGAAAUCGGAUUGA